GUUAACCACCAUCUCUCUUGUUGAUGAAGCGGGGACGCCAUGAUGGAUUCGCAGGGGCUAGCAUCUUCCAAGGGGCUCCCAGACUUGAGUACAGGGGCUAAUGAUGAUCCAGCACGGAAUUCGAGUGAUACAGAUUCUGAACUUCUGAAAGACAAGGAAGUGAGUGAAAGAGACAACAAGAACCAUUCAUCUCCUAGUCUAAGCCAGAUUGAAUCAUCAUCUGCGAGUAUUCUUCAAAAUGAGCUUUCUGUUCCAACAACAGAUACUGGCUCAAGAGACAAUAAAUAUGAGAAAUAUCUGUCCAAUGUGUCUACAGAGUCCUGUGAGAGGGAUCAGGUGCACUCAGUACAAGAUUGUUUUAUGGUGGACAGUAACAUGGAAGAGCAACUGUCAUCUCACUUUCCCCAUGGGAACACUGUGAACUCUGAGGAGGAAAUGGAGAUCACAUUCCAACCCUCUGUGUAUGGGGAAAUUGGAGACAAAGAUAUUAAUUCCUUUCCUAAUGAAGCAGUGCAGAACUCUGAUAUAGGCAAAGAAUCCCAUGAUAUUGCCUUAAAGGAAGCACAACAUGAAAACCAAGAUCAACCAACCUCUGAAGUUCCCUUAGAGAAUGCUACCUUACUGCAAGAACAAAAUAAAAAUAACCUGAGGGAGAUCACGAUUCAAGUUUACCCAGGACAUAACUCCACUAUAUCUCUAGUGAACAAUGCAAUCCUCACCACUGAUGUUGGUACCUUUUCAACACAUGUGCCUGCAAUCCUAACAGAAGGUGAUGCUGAAGAUAGUGAAACCCAUUAUCAAGUUGUUACGACCAGUUCUGCAAUGCUUAACCAGGCAGAUGGGAACUCUGCACUUGAUGUGUUGACAUCAUCAGCAGACUUUGGUAGGAAUGUCAUUCUGACAGAACAGCAGCAGGUUCUGCUGAGUGGAAUGCUUGUGCCUGGAGUCACAGCAAACCAAGCAAUUCAGAUAAACAUGUCACAUGAUGCUAAUACAUGUAUUGAUGUGAAUGAAAUUGCCCAGGACAAUCAGGAGGAUGAGUGUGUUGAUGGGAAGGGGCACCUUUGUCCUCAUCCUGGCUGUAAUAAAGUCUGUGCCAAAGCUUACAAACUGAAGCUGCAUAUGCUGUCGCAUACAGGGGAAAGGCCUUACAAGUGUCCUCAUGAAGGAUGUGAGUGGGCAUUUACCACAGCAUACAAAUUAAAAAGGCAUGCCAGGGGCCAUACUGGAGAAAAACCUUUCCUGUGUACUCAUGAAGGAUGUGGAAAAUGCUUUACCACUGCUUACAACUUAAAAACACAUAUGAGGGCGCACUGCAGGACAGACACAUUCAUGUGUGGUUUUGAAGGAUGUGAAAAGACGUUUCCAACAGAGCACAAGUUAAAAGUGCAUGAAAGGAAACAUGCCGCCGAAUACAAACCUUACAGGUGUGAGGUGGAAUCAUGUGGCAAGAUGUUCGCUGCUUUUAGUGCUUUGACCUCACACAUGAGAAUUCACACAGGCGAAAAAUCUCAUGGAUGUCCUGUAGAGGGAUGCGAGAAAAGAUUUACUAAAGCAUCCAAGUUAAAGUUACACUUGAGGUCACACACAGGAGAGAGACCCUUUCCUUGUGAAGUUCAGGGUUGUGGCUGGUCAUUCACAAGUGCCUACAAACUCAAGAGACAUAUGCGCAAACAUACUGGGGAGAGACCUUUUGUGUGCAAUUAUGAAGGAUGUGGUAAAUCUUUCACAAGAUCAAGUCAUCUGAAGACUCACAAGCUUGUUCAUACAGGAGAAAAACCUUACAUUUGCCCUUUUGAUGGAUGUAGCAAGGCGUUCACAGCUAGCAGCAGCCUGAAUGUGCAUAUUUGUAAACACACUGGUCAAAAGCCAUUCAAAUGUAACACAGAAGGCUGCAAUAAGACAUACACAACGGCUGCUAACUUAAGAGCGCACCAGAAACGGCAUGGAAACAAGGCACUAAGAGUUGAUUUCACAGACUCGUCUCAGGGUGCUUUGGCAGCUGAUCUCAGUGCAGUUAGCUGUGGAAGCAUUUCGAGUGAAACCGAACCAGAAGUCUUGUAUACUACAAUCGGCGCUUUUCAUUCAAGUAAUUUUAGCUUAGAGGAUGCCACGAGACUUUCAUCUGUAGGUGUCCAUUUACCAUCGAGUGCCCUGUGUGCCCUGGUUACUUCCACAGGGCACCCACUCGUCUCACCUACCACCGAAGUAGUCCUGGAAACUGAGAAGAAGCAUGCAGAUGACGGAGAGAUAAAAACAAUUUCAGGAAUCCAAGUACCCGUUCAACAAGAGCAGUUUGUUACUGAGAGUUUAGAGAGCACCUCUAAGAUAGAUGUGUCUGAGUUUGUGGGAAGAAGCACAAAUGAUGAUCAAGACUCUAUUUCUCAUCAUCCUGUCCAAGCAAGAGCUGAAAUGAUUGGAGGAACAGUUUUGGAAGGAAACAAGCUCACUGGCGGGUUUGACUUGUGUAUAACCAGCAUGAUGAGUCAUAUAACAAGUGAGGCAGGUCAGGAAGGAUCAGGAACUACCACAAAAACUUUACAUGCUAGUGCCUCUAGUAAAAGAUCGCGAAGUCUUGAUUUCAGAGAUGUGCACCCGGAGGACCAGUUUGCCCCACCUGCUGUUAUAUUUCAGGAUGAAGUCAAGUCUUCAGACACCGAGAAUGAAGCUGAGGUAUUAGUGGCCCAAAUCCAACGAUCCCCGGAGGGUGUUUCCACAGUACGACUCCCUAAGGAGUCGCUGCAGAUCAAUUUACCCCAGGGGUUAAUAACUGACCCGUCGGCGGUAACUAUGGUUCAUAUGUCUGGUACAGAACACAUGGAGGUAGACAGCAAUGAUACCACAUCUCAUGUAACAGCACACGAUGUGUCCUCGGAUAUUUCUCUAGUACCCAUUUCUUCUCUCACAGAUGUAGCUGAUGAAAGAAGAAGUCUUGGAAAAGGGGACCUGUCCCCUUAUUUGGACAACCACAGCUCGUCAGAACAAGAUGAAGGCAACGGUGAUACUUACCCAGAAAGUACAAUUAACUUACAAGAUCUGCGUUGAUAAAGAAAGGAGGAAACUGUGAAAGAAAAGCAGCACCUAAUUAAACUAAUGCAAAUAAAUUUUGAUACUAAAUAAAUAAAUGUACAGAAUUCCAA